UGCACCGCGGUCAGACCAGUCGGACGGCUUCGCUCCAGGCCGGCCCGCCCCGGCCCCGCCAGCCCAUCGCCGCCCUCCCGGAAACCCGGUUCCACGCUGCGCCGCCCCGCAGCCCUCGCGGCCCCGGCCGGCGCCUGGGCGCGGAGCCAAGGGGGCGCCCGGGCUGCCGGAGCCGCGGCAGGAGCCCGGCGGGACGUGGGGAAAGGCACGUGCAAUGGGCUCCGCUGCGUGGCAAGAAAUCCAUCUGCCGCCUCCCUGACGGUGGCUUCCCGGUCUCCACUGUGUCUUCUCGGUGCACCGGCCAAGACCAGCAGGGGACUGAAACGAGCAUGCUAGAUAAGCACUCUGCUGCUGAAACACAUACCCAGGCUAGGCUAGAUGUGGAUUUCCAAUCCCCACCUUUGCUCGCACACUUAAUUCAUGAAAUGGGAUUGUGAAGACAGACACUACCAAGGGCUUCUGCCCAACCCUCUGCUCUGUGGAUGAUGGGUGACAAUAGACCCUCGGACCACCUUAGGCCCAUGGAAUUUCUCAACAUUCGCCUGGAAGACAACCUACAGUCCUGCCCAGCAACACGCCCAAAUGAAAUACGUGGUCACCCAGGCCCUUCUGAGCCUUGCCAAGAACGCUCCUGGCCCUUUGACCCCCCUGAAUCCGCCGGGCCUGAUCCUCAUCAUGGUGGCUCUGGUGUGGAGCCCACUCACCUGGGAAGCUACUCUCUCCAGGGAGAGGCCAAGCAGGCUCCAGCGUCACUGCAGUCAGUGGGGGACAACUGCUCUUUGGGGAGUCCGCGGCAGAACCAGGGCUCAUCCACACAGGUGGUGUUCUGGGCUGGCAUCCUGCAGGCCCAGAUGUGUGUCCUGGACCUGGAGGAGGAGCUGGAGAAAACAGAGGGACUCAAGGCAGAACUUAGGUGCUGCAUCCCUCCACCCGCUAAGGACUUCCUUGGCGAUGUGGGCCUGAGCCCCAGCCUGCCCAAGGCAGAUGAAGACUCUGGAGAUGACAGCAGUGAGCCUGAGGAGGAAAACCAGACCUGGCCUAGGGGACAAAUGCCAAGCUCCUCCCCAGAGUGGGGUGCUGAGGAGGACAGCAUCUUCUUUGACAAUCCACUCUUCCUUGAGAGCCCUGGCUCAGAUACCAGUACUGAAGGAGAAUGCUUUUCCUGGGGGUACCCAGAUUCCCACCCAGAUAUGAAGCCUCAUAGUCCUCAAGCCCUAGAUUCUCCACUCCAAGAAGGCACAGGGCUCUGGAGACCAGGAAGUGAGCUGGACUUGGGUAGCGACACUGCUGAUCGUGGUGGGUGUGCCACCCCUCCAUUCCCUGUGCCCUCCUAUAAGCUUCACCCCUGCUUGGCCUUAGGGUCCACUGAAGGGGCCCCCACUGUACCUCCCGAUCAGGAGGGUGAGACUGUCCUGGAAGAUGCUCUUAACCCUGGCUCACCUAAGGCACCCUCUGUGGACCAUGAAUUGAUCCGGGAAUCAGAUAACUUCGGAUUUGACCUGAGUCCUGCCUCCACACAUUCUGUGCAGCCUUGGCUCUCCCAGACCCCCCAGAGCCUCUCUGACCUGGCCCCACCCACACUUGAGGACCUGCAGACAGAAGAUCCUUCCUGGCCCCAGGAGCAUCAUAUCUCCCAGAAUGGAGGUGAGAGGGAUGCUUCUGGCUGUUUCCAGGAGCCCAUGCCCUGCACCGUGGCCCCCCAGAGAAGCCAAGCCUCUUUGCUGGAGCCUAGCUGCCCAGAAUCCCAGGACAGAGGCUCUGGCCCCAGGUCCAGCCAGGUAUCUUCCCAGGAGGGCAGUCCACACGUUGAGCUCCACAGCCCCAAGUGGCCACAAGAUGCCUCACACCCUUUGCUCCCGGAGAAGGAUGAAUCAGAGUUAAGUUCUCUGAAGAAAGAAGAGACAGAGAUGGCCCCAAACCUAAGACAGGAGGCAGAGUGUGAAGAUCCAGCCAGGACUGAGGAAGCUUCAGCUACCUGGCACCGUGUUCGCUUGACUUCUGCAGAAGGGCUUCCUGAGAGCCCCACACCCCAAGCUCAAUCUCCAGAGGAAGGCUGGAGGCCAUCAUCUAGAGACAAGAUGGCUAAUAACAUCAGAAAUGACAAGGGGGCCUGGGACCUAGCCUUGCGCCUCUAUCACCUGAAUGGUUUCCGGAAGUCUGAAGUGGCUGCCCACCUACGCAAGAACAAUGACUUCAGCAGGGCUGUGGCUGAGGCGUACUUGUCCUUCUUCCAGUUCGAAGGCCAGAGCCUGGACCGAGCCCUCCGGGGGUUCCUCCAGGCCCUGGUGCUCAGUGGAGAGACUCAGGAGCGGGAACGAAUUCUCUACCAGUUUUCCAAACGCUUCCAUUACUGCAAUCCUGGGGCCUUCCCCUCAGUAGAUUCUAUACACACCUUGACCUGUGCGAUUAUGCUCCUCAACACAGACCUGCAUGGACAGAACAUUGGAAAGAGCAUGAGCUGCCAGGAAUUCAUAACCAACCUGAAUGGACUACAGGAUGGCAGGAACUUCCCCAAGGAGCUCCUAAAGGCCCUCUACUGGUCCAUCCGAAGUGAGAAGCUUGAGUGGGCUGUAGAUGAAGAGGAUGCAGCCAGACCUGAGAAGGACCAGCCCUCUCCCUCAGCUGGCAAGAUAAGCAGCCCCUUCCUCCAGAUAGCUCAGGACCCCACAGUGCCCACCUAUAAGCAGGGCAUCCUGGCUCGGAAGAUGCACCACGAUGCCGAUGGCAAAAAGACGCCCUGGGGCAAGCGAGGCUGGAAGAUGUUCCACACCUUACUGAAAGGGAUGGUUCUCUACUUCCUGAAGGGAGAGGGCCACUGGCUGGAUGGACAGAGUUUGGUGGGACAUCUCGUGGAUGAGCCCGUGGGAGUGCACCACUCACUAGCCAGCCCAGCCACCCACUAUACCAAGAAGCCCCAUGUCUUCCAGCUUCGGACUGCAGACUGGCGUCUCUACCUCUUCCAGGCACCCACCGCCAAGGAAAUGGCCUCUUGGAUUGCGCGCAUCAACCUGGCGGCCGCCACACACUCGGCACCCCCCUUUCCAGCUGCAGUGGGCUCCCAGCGUAGAUUCGUGAGGCCCAUCCUGCCCAUGAACCCGGCCCAGAGCUCCCUGGAGGAGCAGCAUCGAUCCCACGAGAACUGCCUGGAUGCUGCCUCCGAUGACCUGUUGGAUUUGCAGAGGAACCUGCCCGAUCGACGCGGCCGCAGCCGCGACCUGGAGGAGUACCGCUUGCGGAAGGAGUAUCUGGAGCACGAGAAAACUCGAUAUGAGACAUACGUGCAGCUUCUAGUGUCCCGCCUACACUUUCCACUGGGGGACCUGGCUCUGUGGGAAGAUCAAGUUGGGAAGGAAACAACUGAAGGCUCUCGGGAGCUGAAGCCCAGCCUGAAGAAGUCCCACUCCAGCCCAUCGCUGCACCAGGAUGAGGCCCCCACCACGGCCAAGGUGAAACGCAACAUCUCAGAGCGCAGAACAUACCGCAAGAUCAUUCCCAAGAGAAACCGCAAUCCGUUGUGAAGCCAUUGUCAUCUCACGGACACUGACCCCAGCACUGGGGUAGACUUGAAAUGAAACCUUACGUUCCCAUGGUGAGGGAUGAGGCACCGUCCCUUCUGUGAUGAAGGAUGGAGCAUUUCUCUGUGUCCUCCAUUCUCUGGAUCUCUAGAACUUUCUUAAGCCUGCCAUACUUGCUCACUGUCCCCCAUGGCAGCUCCUCCACCACCGGCCAUUCAAGAGGAAGGCUGAGUGAGGACUUGGUCCCAUUUACAGAGUUUGUCCCGUGUGCUCCAUCCCCUAAAACACAGAGCCGCCGGGCGGUGGUGGCGCACGCCGUUAAUCCCAGCACUUGGGAGACAG